AUGGUGUGGAAUUCGCCCCUGACUUCGGGCAGCGGCCUACUCCCACUGGUCGCCUCUUUGUUUGCUUUCCAGGAUUCUGAUCUCUUCGCGCUCCUCUGCCUGCGUGGCGCGGAUUUCGAGCUGCGGGUGCCCGAGGCGCGGCGGAAGCUGGUGGUGAACACGCUCUCGGCCUCAGCGCCGGGCGGUGCCGCCAUCAUCUUCGGCAAGGCCAAUCAGGCAGUUGGACCCUUGCUGUCGGGGACCGCUUAUCCUUUCAACCACAGCUCCAUGGCGAGUUUUCUGGAGUCCUGCCGUGGAGUGCAGCUCACGGUAAGUUUGGGCGACCGGAAGACCGUAACCGGCAAGAUGCUCAUGGUGGAGCGAGCGCGGCGGGCCAUCGAGGGCUGCAAGGAGUCGGAGGAGUACGCCUCAACUGUGCAUCUCUUUGAGGAGCAAUGGGGCAUCAUUCACAAGGUCUCAUUCGAGGACAUAGCCCAAGUCUCUCUAGUGGACGCGAACAUGCAGGAGGAGCUUAGCAAGUCCUUAACUGCUGCUUUGGCCAACCAGAUGCCCAAGCCGCCGCCACCACCGAAAGACAGCCGUGAGGCGAUCUCCAUCCGUGCGCACGGUGAGUCUCCAGGCGAGGGACUUUGUCGGGUCUCUUAUGUGGACCGCUGCGAGGAGUGGAAGUGCAUGUAUCGGCUGGACCUGCCGAGGGAGGAAGCCGACGCUGUCCUGGUCAGUGCGGACAUGGAUGUCGAGCCUGUGGUGACACUGCACACCUUCGGCCACGUGAGGAACAGCACGGAUGACCAUUGGGUUGAUGUGGAACUCGAUCUGGUCGCCAACGAGCUCUCGAUCUUGGCGCUUGGCGCGGAGCCUGACAGACAGGAGCUGGCCAAGAUCUUCAGCGAGUCGCGGUCAAGUGGCGGAGGGAUGCAGAUCUUCAUUAAGACCCUGACGGGCAAGACUGUGACCCUCGAGGUGGGCUGCGGUGACACGAUUCAGAUGGUCAAGAGCAAGAUACAGGAUAAGGAGGGCAUCCCCCCGGACCAGCAGCGCUUGAUCUUUGCAGGGAAGCAGCUGGAGGAUAACUUCAAGCUGGCAGACUACAACAUCCAGAAGGAGUCCACGUUGCACCUCGUCCUGCGCCUGAGGGGUGAUCCUGGCACCCAGAAGGCCGACAAAGAGGAUGCCUUCGAAUCCUUGGAGGGCUUGGCCACCAAGGGCCUCGCCGAGCACGUCCUUUACCACGUUGCAGACAAGGUGACCAUUCACUCCAAGGAGACGGCAAUCGUUCCAAUCUUUCAGCACGGCGUCAAGGGCGACCGCGUCCUCGUCUAUGAUCCCAAGGAGUCCGAGGUCUGCGUGAAGCGCGCAGUGCAUGUGGUGAACACGUCGGGCCACGUGCUCGCCAACGGCAGUGUCAAUGUGUUGGAUGGCGGCCGCUUCGUUGCCCAGUGCCAGUUCGCCCCAAUGAUCCCCGGCGACGACCAACUCUUCGAGCUUGGGGAGGACACGACGCUCUCCGUGACUCGUAUGAAGCCUGAGGAGCUGCAGGAGGACCGCGUGGUGCGCGCCCGGCUCGAGAAGGACGAGAAUGCGCAGCUGUCGAAGGUCGUCCUGGAGCACCGCAACCGUGUGACCACUCGCUACAGCAUCAAGAACAACGGGAGCCGCAGCGCCCCCAGCCUCUACAUCGAGCACACGGCGCGCACGGACUGCGGGGGCUUCUCGAUCACCUCCACGGAGCACGUGGUAAAGCAGACCACCGGCUGGGCCCGGUACUGCCUCUCCGUGAACCCCGAGGCUGAGCUCACCUUGGAGGUGGCCGAAGAGGCCAAGUACGAGGAGAGCAUUCCCGUGAAUGCGCAAAGCAUCUCCAAGUUCCUCACCGGGCGCGCCCGGAACCUCCAUGACGACGGUGUCCUCAGCAGGGAAUGCUUGCGAGAAUUGAAGCAGAGCCUGGGACAGCUCCGCUUGGCCUCCAUGCUUCAGGUGCUUUUGCAACCGCGGCAAAUCUCUGAGGAGCAGUUCCUGAGCUGGGAGCAGCGGGAUGUCCCUUGGGCGCUGGACGAGCCGUGUGAGGAUCCGGACGGCUUUGCCACAGAAGUCCGCGAAAUCCUGGCGCAGACGCAGGAGCUCCAGCGCCAGGAUGCGGAGAUCCAAGAGAUCCAGCGAAAGCAGAGCUUGGACCAGAGCCGCGUCAAGAAAAUUUUCGAGAACCAGACGCGGCUCCGGGAGAACAUCAAGUCCAUGGAGCAUGUAAGGACGGGAACACUCCUAGAACGAUACAUGAAUGACAUGGACAAGGAGGAGAACGACCUCAUUGCCACUCGACGGAGGAUGGAGGAAUCUGAGGAAUCUGUGGCCAAGAUGACGCAUGACGCCUCAAGGCUUGUGCUUCAGAUCACCAUGAAGACCAAGCAGCUACAAAAGAAAGCCAAGUGUCGAAUUCGAUGA